GCGCGGGCAGGGGGCGUCUGCGCGUCCGCGCCCUCGGGCGGCGGCGUCGGCCCGGCCCCAGCGUCCGCCCCCGCCGCCCGCGCGCCCGGGCGCAGGUUUGAAAAUUAUUUCACGGUGACCGACCCCACUUGCUAGUGUGACAGAAAGCAGCUCCUUCUGCCCAACCUACAGUGACUUUUUUGCCAGGAGCGGGGUGGUGAGCCCAGAUGUGGGUCAAUGCCACCCUUGGCGGGAUCCGAAGAACAGUGGCAGUCAUGCCUCUUCCGGCCCCAGCCACCCCUUCCCCCCUACGCUAAGCUGCAUGGUGUGGGUGCCCUUGGGAUCCCCAAGGACUGACUGUCUGACCUUGCUUCACCCCCCGGCCAACGCCAACUCCCCCAAGAUGUCGCUCGAGUGGCUGGUGGCCUGGAGCUGGUCGCUGGACGGCCUGCGGGACUGCAUCGCCACGGGCAUCCAGUCGGUGCGGGACUGCGACACUACCGCUGUGGUCACCGUGGCCUGCCUGCUGGUCCUGUUCGUGUGGUACUGUUACCACGUGGGCCGUGAGCAGCCCCGGCCCUACGCGUCUGUCAACUCCCUGAUGCAGGGCGCAGACACCAACGGGCUGCAGAACGGGUACGUGUACUGCCAGUCUCCCGAGUGCGUGCGCUGUGCCCACAAUGAGGGCCUCAACCAGAAGCUCUACCACAACCUGCAGGAGUACGCCAAGCGGUACUCCUGGUCCGGCAUGGGCCGCAUCCACAAGGGCAUCCGCGAGCAGGGCCGCUACCUCAACAGCCGGCCCUCCAUCCAGAAGCCCGAGGUCUUCUUCCUGCCCGACCUCCCCAGCACACCCUACUUCUCUCGGGACGCACAGAAGCACGACGUGGAGCUGCUGGAACGGAACUUCCAGACCAUCCUGUGCGAGUUUGAGACCCUCUACAAAGCUUUCUCAAACUGCAGCCUCCCGCAAGGAUGGAAAAUGAACAGCACCCCAAGCGGGGAGUGGGUCACCUUUUACUUGGUCAAUCAGGGGGUUUGCGUUCCCAGAAACUGCAGGAAGUGCCCACGGACGUACCGCUUGCUCGGAAGCCUUCGGACCUGUAUUGGGAACAAUGUUUUUGGGAAUGCGUGCAUCUCCGUGCUGAGCCCAGGGACUGUGAUAACGGAGCACUAUGGCCCCACCAACAUCCGCAUCCGGUGCCACUUAGGUCUCAAAACUCCAAGUGGCUGUGAGCUGGUGGUGGGGGGAGAGCCCCAGUGUUGGGCAGAAGGACGCUGCCUCCUCUUUGACGACUCUUUCCUGCACACUGCAUUCCACGAAGGUUCAGCGGAGGAUGGACCACGGGUGGUUUUUAUGGUGGAUUUGUGGCAUCCCAAUGUGGCAGCAGCCGAACGGCAGGCCCUGGAUUUCAUCUUUGCUCCAGGACGAUGAGAACAUUUCCGAUGCUGGAGUCGGCGACAGUGGCCGCGGGUCAGCCUGGGCAGACUGGGGUACAGUCCAGCCCCCACCCGUGCUGUGAUUCCAUGCUCCAAAACCUGCCUCACCAGAAAGUUCUUAUUUGGGAUUUUGAGGUCACGUGGGGUCCCUCUUUCCUUUGGUUAUUGUAAAUGGGAAAUUUUCAGCUUGUAUCUCCUUAGAUUUUUCUUUUUUUCCCUUCUAGUCAUUUGCUUCUGCGAUUCCUUUCUGCUUAAUAGCGUGUUACUUUGCUUUGUGACCGGGGGCUCAGUGCCCUUGGUGUGACUGUCGUCUGUGCCAUGUUGCAUACCUGGUUUUUUCAGUGCUCUGGAAUAGGGUAACCAAGCGGUUAUCUGUUUGAAUGUAAUCACGUAAAAAUUCCUUGUGGUCAUCUUAAAAGAAAAACACGCGAAACAAAACAAAAAACUGCAAACCAGAGAGCUAGAGACCUUGGCCUCUGUGGCUGUCACGGUCACACAGGGGACCCAUCAGUCAGCCCGGGGCAGGGGGAGAGUCUGCAGUCCCCACACCCGGCUGGCUUCACAGGCAGGGUGGACCUAGUCAGGGGCAGUGCGCACGGCUGGGCCUGAGCGGACUUGUCACCAUCGCUCACCUCACUCCCAAACCCCAUCAGGUCCCUGAAGGCGGGGAGCAUCUGGCUGGCUCCUCUGUAAACACGGCUUUCCUUCCAAGCCCGAGGCUGGUGUCCUCGAGAGCCAAGUCGGGGCUCCCACGGAUCAGCUGCCGAACGUGUGAUCCAGUCACCUCACUGCCGACAGAAGCCCUACUGCCAAACUGGGCCAGGAAGAUUCCCCAUGCAGCUGCUUCCGAGUCCACGGCGAUGAGCGUUCAGACCAGCAGGCUGGCUGGUCCGAGCUGUGGUGCGGUGAGACCGCGCGCUCAGCCAGUGACAUUCCAGCAUCGCCUUCCUCUGGCAAGACUGGAAUCGUCAAUCUGACCAAAAAAGUGUCUGUUUUGCUUUGGAGUUCUGUUGCCUCUGAUUUUCCAUUUAUUUGUCUGUACAUAAAUGUUCAAGUGCUGGACUCCGAGACAGUGGAGGUGUUGGCCCCGUGACUUUGUCAUUGCGCAGGGGUGCACGCCAGGUGACGGCGACCUAAGCCAGGGGUGUGAGUGAGGCCUUUGGGAAGACCUACAAACCCAAAAGACCCACAGCGGCGGAGCUGGCUUUCUGGUUUCCUGGGGAGGACGUGGCCAGCUGGAGGCACAAAUUCUGGAAACAUUCUCCUGUGAGCUGAGGUGUGCAAGAGUAGCUUCCAGCCGUCCUAGAGAUGCCUUUUCUGAAUCGUAUUAUGGGCAGUGUCCAAUUUGUAAAGCCAUGGAGCUGCGUGGGAUGUACAGCUGGUCACACAUACAGGUCCGGAGUUCCGUCGGAGUGGCCGGGAGGAGCGGCCGUCAGAAGUGACCAUGACCCGAGAGGCCCUAUUACUGGCCAGUGAGCAAAGAAAACCUGUCUCCAUUUGGGUAAAAUCUCUGCACCGAUCUUUCUCCGUGAGCAGAAUGCAGGACAGGGCAGCAGUUUCCAACACACCUGAAAUCUUUUUACUCAUUAAGUAUCUUGUCAAAGAAUCACCGAGGUGCAUGAUUUCUAUACAUACUGACUGCUCGCCGUUUACAAAGCCCACAGCCCACACGGGUACCCGGCUACCUGAGCUCAUGUGCCGUGCUUGGGGGAACAGGAGAUUAAAUAAAGGACCUUGCUGAAAACCAGA